UUGCAGAUAUCCAUUUCUUUUUAUAGUAUUCGGACCUUAGGACUCUAGAACGCGUCUAUAUUAGUUGUGUUGGGGAGUCGACGUGCCUUUCCUUUUUGGCUUGACCUCUUUUGGUAUUCCUUUACUCCGGGAAAUACAGCGACGCAAGCCCUGGGACAAUGUGCACGUCGGAAGGGCGGCGAGCCUCAGGUUGCCGGUCCCUGGGCCUCUAUGAUGUUCUCGGCGUUCCCAUUAAGGCGUCUUCAGAAGAGAUUCGAGGAGCCUUUCUGCGACUAGCAAGGGUAUGGCACCCGGACCGCCACGGUGGCGCGGAGAACGCAAAACGGAAGUUCCAGUCCAUCCAGUACGCCUAUGAAGUGUUGUCGAAUGAAACACGGCGAGCACACUACGACCUUCAAUGGCUGGACCUGCUGGAUGUGGAGGACUACCUGAAUCGCUUCAAGGACCUCAUCCUCACUGCCAACGGCCUGGGGAUGUCCUUGAGCGGGAGCGGAGCAGGCUCGCACUCGGAGGGUGACUGGGGGCCAACAUCAACACCGCUGUGCGGCGCGCCUAUCAAGGCCGCUUAGUGCCAGUAUUCGCAGCAAUAGCCAGCGACGGAAGGCGCUUUUGACUAUCCAGCAGAAAGCCGCUUCCCGUGUACGCCGCCCCCCACCAAACGCACGUUAGCGUGCGGCACAGACUUACUGCUGCUUAGCGGCGGGGUGCGCGCAUGCCGCAAUUGUCAGGCGGGUCGCUUUAUAGGCUUCAGGUUGGCGAGCAUUGACUGAGAUGCAACGCCGUGCAGAGGCUUGGCGCAUAGAUGCAGCACUCCUGAGCGUGAGGGAGAGGUUUGUCAUCUAGUGAAGAGCAGCAUGCUUGUAGCAUGAGAGUCUAGUUGUUGGUGUUGUGAUUGUACGUUUUGAGCGGAGCGCUUGUGCGCAUGGUUUUUGCAGUCAAACCCAGCGGAGAGGUCAGAGGAGAUGUAUACGUGUUAGGUGCUUUCGACAUGCGUGUUUUUGAGGUGUGCCAAGGCGGCGCGCAGAAACAGUGGACGGGUACAUCCUGUUGAGUGAUUUUGAGGGAGUGCAGACUGUUCUUUCUCGCGGGCGUCAGGUGUGUCACGAGUGAACGGAGAAUAUCUUGGGCGUCUCUUUUUCCCCUGUUUGAGGGUGGCUGAACCCGGCAUGCCCGGGUGUCAGCGUGUUAAGCCCCAACCGACCGGGUGAUGCGCAUGUGUAUUGUUCCACUAAGUUGUGCAAGAUUGUGGGUCUGACAACUCAACAUGUUUUUUUUGGCUAGGCGGCCACCUCCCUAAGGCAGCCACCUCCUUGUUAGCUAGGCGGACAGUACGUGAUGAGCUCGCAGCGCCACUGGAUUGGUGCGCAACAUGAAUGCCUGACCCAUGACUUUGCCAUGAGGCUUAGACAUCACUGGCUCCGGAUACAAACCAUUUGAAUGCAUGUGUUUCAAAGGAGGAGGAGGGUGGAGUAGCGGUAAUCCCUUGCUCAUGAAGUUGGACGUGUUGGCCGGCGGGCCGGGCCAAUCCGGCGGCUGCCGACACGGGCCCCUGUACCAUAUGUAGACUUCGGUUCUGCCACCAAACCACUGGACUGGACUGUGUAACCUGAGGUGCAUGUGUCGAUGAGGCAGUUACGCCGCCUUGGAGACUGGGUCCCGAUUCAUGAAGGGUGCGCACUGCUGUGCAUGCCUUCAGCAGGAACCUACAGUCUCAUAUUCCUGUAAAUCGGCAUCCGG